GGUGCCUGCAGAACAGGUGUGGGUACUAGGCCCUGAGGGAGCUGCCGCAGGGGCAUACAUGUCAGCUGAGGUCCUCUCAGGCUGCCUGUAAAGGGGUACAUUGAGUCACACAUUGGGCCCACACUGUCACCACCCCAUGGGCCACCCUAAGCUCUGGCCCAGGAUAAGCAGCAGCUACAGAGGGCCCUACCCAGUUGAGCAGCCAGCAGUGCACACACAGGCAUUCACACUGCAGGUGCCUCCCUGUCAACACAGUGACUGGCAGGAACUGUCCCUAGCUGUAAGCCUGGUGUCCAGGCUGCUAUGGCCUGGCUAUCCCCUACAAGCUAUCUCCUAUGUAAAGUAAGUUCCCUGCAGGCUGGGCCAAUGUGUAUACAGCUGAGGGGCACAUUGGGUGCAACUUUACACCUGGUAGGUGGUGUCACAGACAGAUCACCUAAAUAGGUACCUGCAAGGACUUGCCUAAGACAUCAGUGAAAGCAGUUCCAUGCUCCGUGUUACGUGUGGCCCGCCUGCGUCCGUCCUCAAGACCCUCUUGCUCAGCUGGCUUCCACAGGGAAAGGUGCACCUGGAGCUGAGGCUGAGUGAAGUCAUCACUGAUACGGGCGCCGUCUGCCACAAGCUCGCUGCGCGCAUCCUUGAGUGCCAAGGCCUCCCCAUAGUGAACGGCCAGUGCGACCCCUACGCCACAGUGACUCUGGCUGGACCUUUCAGAUCAGAAGCCAAAAAGACAAAAGUGAAGAAGAAGACCAACAACCCCCAGUUUGAUGAGGUGUUUUACUUCGAGGUGACCAGGCCCUGCAGCUACAGCAGAAAGUCCCACUUUGACUUUGAGGAGGAAGAUGUGGAUAAACUUGAAAUUAGAGUCGACCUCUGGAACGCCAGCAACCUGAAGUUUGGUGAUGAGUUCCUAGGGGAGUUGAGGAUCCCGCUGAAGGUACUGCAGCAGUCCAGCUGCUAUGAUGCCUGGUACUUCCUCCAGCCCCGAGACAACGGCAAGAACCCAAAGCCUGAUGAUCUAGGCUCCCUGAGGCUGAAUGUGGUUUACACGGAAGACCACGUGUUUUCUUCUGACUACUACAGCCCCCUGCGGGACCUGCUCCUGAAGUCGGCAGAUGUGGAGCCGGUCUCAGCGUCAGCUGCCCACAUCCUGGGCGAGGUAUGCAGAGAGAAGCAGGAGGCAGCCGUCCCCCUGGUGCGGCUCUUGCUGCACUAUGGCCGUGUGGUACCUUUCAUCAGCGCCAUUGCCAGUGCGGAGGUGAAGAGGACUCAGGACUCCAACACCAUCUUCCGAGGGAACUCGCUGGCCUCCAAGUGCAUCGAUGAGACAAUGAAGCUGGCGGGCAUGCACUACCUGCAGGUCACCCUGAAGCCUGCCAUUGAGGAGAUAUGCCAGAGCCACCGGCCCUGUGAGAUCGACCCUGUAAAGUUGAAGGAUGGUGAGAACCUCGAGAACAACAUGGAGAACCUUCGGCAGUAUGUGGACCGCAUCUUCACCGUCAUCACUAAAUCCGGGGUGAGCUGCCCCACUGUCAUGUGCGACAUUUUCUUCUCGUUGCGGGAGGCAGCUGCCAAGCGCUUCCAGGAUGACCUGGAUGUCAGGUACACGGCCGUGAGCAGCUUCAUCUUCCUGAGGUUCUUUGCGCCCGCCAUCCUAUCUCCCAACCUCUUCCAGCUGACACCGCACCACACGGACCCACAGACUUCCAGAACCCUGACACUCAUCUCCAAAACAAUCCAGACUCUGGGCAGCUUGUCUAAAUCCAAGUCUGCCAGUUUCAAAGAGUCAUACAUGGCAACAUUCUAUGAGUUCUUCAACGAGCAAAAGUACGCUGAUGCUGUGAAGAAUUUCUUGGAUUUAAUUUCAUCCUCUGGGAGAAGGGACCCCAGGAGCAUAGAGCAGCCCAUUCUGCUUAAAGAAGGGUUCAUGAUUAAGAGAGCACAAGGAAGGAAACGAUUUGGGAUGAAGAAUUUCAAGAAGAGGUGGUUUCGCCUGACCAACCAUGAAUUCACCUACCAGAAGAGCAAAGGAGACCCGCCCCUCUGCUGCAUCCCCAUUGAGAACAUCCUGGCUGUGGAGAGGCUGGAGGAGGAGUCCUUCAGGAUGAAAAAUAUGUUCCAGGUCAUCCAGCCGGAGCGUGCACUAUAUAUCCAGGCUAACAACUGUGUGGAAGCCAGGGACUGGAUUGAUGUCCUCACUAAGGUCAGCCAGCGCAACCAGCAGCGCCUGUCUGUCUACCACCCCUCUGCCUACCUGAAUGGCCACUGGCUGUGCUGCAGAGCCUCCUCAGACACAGCCACUGGCUGUUCCCCGUGCACCAGCGGCCUCCCAGCAAACAUCCAGCUGGACAUUGAUGGAGACCGUGAAACGGAGCGUAUCUACUCACUGUUCAGCUCUUACAUGGGCAAACUGGAGAAGAUGCAGGAGGCCUGUGGCAGCAAGUCUGUGUAUGACGGCCCUGAGCAGGAGGAAUACUCCACAUUCCUCAUCGAUGACCCCCAGGAGACCUACAAGAUGCUGAAGCAGGUCAUUGCCACCGUGGUGGCCCUAGAGCAGGAGCAUGCGCAGCACCGGAGGGACAAGUUCAAGAAGACACGCUAUGGUAGCCAGGAGCAUCCCAUUGGAGACAAGAGCUUCCAGAACUACAUCAGGCAGCAGUCAGAGGUCUCCACUCAUUCCAUGUGAGACUCACAACGCUUCCGGAUGUCACCAGCGAGUCACAGCAGGAUGCACUGACCUCCUUAAACCAAGAAGAGCAGAGUGGGUAGAAUGCACACAGGAGGCUCUCAUGCUCUGGGUGCACAUGGGACCAGUGGGCUAGUGGCACCUUAAAAGCAUUCAUGUUCCCUCCAGAACCAAGAGGCAGCUGCCAUGCACCUUACUUGUCCGCCAGGAGCAGGUGGUCCUGGCCUUUAUGGAAUAUGAACCCGUUUGCCUUAUUGCUCACUCUGGUUUCCUGGGAUCCAGGGAUCAGCUGAGUGACCUGGAAAUGUGGACUUCCAGUUCCUGCCUGGAGCCACUACCAGUCCAGCCGGCAUGACCCCCGCCUUGUGCAGAGCUGUGCUUUCAUCCCUGGCUUUGCCCUGUUGGUCUCUAUACCCAUGUGACUCCAGCCUUGAAUUUCCACUUUGUCAUGUCCAGGCCUUAACAGCAUUAUUCUCUCCUCAUAAAGCUGCUGUCCCUGCAGCCAGUGGCCAACCUCUCUGCCCAGCUCCCGUUGGUUUUGUUCCUGGCCCAAGCAUCUGCUUUGUGCCUGGGACAUGCAGAACAGGACAAAGGUCCCAACCUCAGAGACUCUGUGGGGUUCAGAGUGGCUGGGGAGGGAAAGUGGUGUGGGUCCACUCUCCUCUGGGUGAUCACUCAGCCCCCUCAUCCAGCACACAUUGUUUUGCUGUUGGACAGUGUUUAAAACUAGAUUUUACAUGCUUGCCAUAGUUUGAGGAAGAUUUUAAAAAUAGAAAUGUACAUUUUUCAAUGCAUUUUUCUUAACUUUUUAUAAAGGACCAUUUUUAAUUGCUCUUUAAUAUAAGGUAACUCAGAAAAUCAAAACUUACACACAUGGAAGGGGACACAUCUCACAAACACCACCUGAGGUCCUCAUGGGGGGGGGCCUGUGGGGGCCCUGCUAUGUCCCAGACCUGCAGAAGACUCAAGUAGCACCCACUUCAUCUCCAUGAUCCUUGGGCCCAGGCACGUGGUGGGUCCUGGGUGAGCAAGGCGGGCCUCUCCGGCGGACCCCACACUGCCACUGCCACAUCACUAUGGCACUGCAAGAGGAUCCUGGGCACUACUGCGCAUCCUCAUGCAAACUUCUCUCCAUUCUCACCAGAAUUGCUGUAACUCACGCUUAAUCCCAGAGGCAGACAGUAACUGUGUGUAGUCACAGAAGUCAUGGAGGAAAGUGUGAAAAUAAACUGUGGACACACAGCCAUCAGGCUGCCCUGAACUGUAGUUUUUAACUUGGAUUUGUAACUUAAUGUUUCUGUUUAUAAAAUACUAAUGAUUUGUGAUGUAUUUUACUGCCAAUUAAAACAGAUGUUUUAUUCUUUC